AAUGACGAAGCUAGAGGAGUGGUUUUCUUUGUCCCAGCAAAGAUGCUUAAAAAGUAAUGUAUCACUUUGCCCGAGGUAAAGAGGUGAAGAGAAGCCAAUGAGAGAAGGGAGGGUGGGAGAAGGCACAAGUAUGGCAUGGGUCACGGCUGUAAUAUGCUUGUGCGUCACCCUGUUUUUAGGGAAAGGGGCCUCCGAAAAUGAUACUAAAGCACCAGGAGCUACAGCCAGAGGACAUGUCAUCAUGGGAGGGAUGUUCCCCAUUCAUCGAGGUGUGGAAAACACUGACCAUUCCUUUGCUCCCCAGCCUCAAACUUGUGUUAGGUUAUCAGUUGGAGCCUUGGCACUAUCUCUGAUUAUGAUCAACGCAAUUGAGGUUAUGAAUAGAUCUCCCUUACUGACGGAUCUUAACAUCACUCUGGGCUACCGGAUUCAAGACUCAUGCAGUGAUGUCAGCACAGGUCUGAGAGCCGCAGCUGACUUCAUAGAGCAGGCAAAGUGUGUAACGGGAGACAACUCCUCCAAGUGCGAUCAGCCAGUUGUCACCAUCUUGGGAGCUUCUUUUUCUGAAAUGUCUAUUGUUGUUGCCCGGCAACUAGCCCUCCACAUGAUUCCCCAAAUCAGUUAUUCAUCAACAGCUGUGAUUCUGAGUGACAAGCACCGCUUCCCCAGCUUCUUGAGGACAGUUCCUAAUGAUGAGCACCAGACAGCUGCUAUGGUCAGACUAAUCAGUCUCCAUGGCUGGAACUGGGUGGGAAUGGUAAUCUCGGAUGGCCAUUAUGGCCGCUCAGCACUUGAGCACUUUGCAAUCCAAGCAUCUGAAAAUGGAAUCUGUAUAGCAUUCAGAGCCAUCCUUCCAUACACUGGUACAGAUGAGGAUUUAGACUCUGCCGUCAGACAGGCUGCCCAAACCAUCCUUCAAAAUCCCAAGGCGCAGGUGAUCGUGUCCUAUACAAAGUCAACUCACAUGGCAGACCUUUACCAGGAACUGAGGAAUGAGAUGAUGAGAAAGGGACAAAGGGUAGAGUUAAUGAGAAGAGUGUGGUUGGCCAGUGACAGUUGGUCCACCUCAGCCUCUGUGCAAAAAGACUUAACCCUCGAGGACAUAGGACAGGUUGUGGGUUUCAACUUCAGAACUGGAAACACGGCAUCUUUCAACGAGUACCUGGACAGACUGGAGGCAACUGGAUAUAACAGCACGCAGAAUAACACCUUCCUGGAAGAAUUGUUCAUGCUGAUGAAUGAAAGUAACGUUUCCGGAAACACUGACCUGCUGGCAUCUGAAGUUGUGCAGGCCAUCAAAGGGAAAAUUAACCCGGCCACAAUCCUCAGCGUCGAAUUGGCUGUGGCUGCCACUGCUCAAGCUAUAGCCUCCGUCUGCAGGAACAGGGAUUGCAAAACUCCGGGCAACCUGCAGCCCUGGGAGGUAUUGGAGACUCUUCGGCUCCAUGAAUUUGAAGGUCAAGGGAAGACUUACACAUUUGACAGCCAAGGAGACAUCAACCAAGGAUAUGAUGUCACUAUAUGGAGGUCACUUGAAGGGAAAAUUAACAUUCAUGACAUUGUGGCGGAGUGGGAUUCUCAAACAAACAACUUCACCUUAACAAACAGCAACUCCAGCGGUCGUUUACAAGACUUGCAGCAUGUCAUCUCCAAGUGUUCCAAUAGCUGCAUUCCCGGGGAGUUCAAGAAAACAUCCGAGGGUCAACACACUUGUUGUUAUGAGUGCAUCAACUGUACGGAGAAUUACUACUCCAACGACACAGAUACGGACGAAUGUAUGAGCUGUGAUAGAAACACCGAGUGGUCUCCUCGGGGAAGCGCCAUUUGCUUUCCCAAAACUCUCACCUUCUUCAAGUGGCAGGACCGCUUUGCCGUGUGCCUCCUGGCAUUCUCUGUUCUGGGCAUCCUGCUGGUUCUGAUGGUGUCAGCACUGUUUAUACAUAAGCGAGACACCCCUGUGGUGAGAGCCGCCGGAGGACCCCUGAGCCAAGUCAUCCUGUACUCUUUGGUUGUCAGUUACAUCAGUGCCGUGCUUUUUGUCGGUAAGCCCAGCAGCCUCCAGUGUAAAGCAAGACAAGUGCUCUUUGGCAUCAGUUUUACUGUGUGUGUGUCCUGCAUCCUGGUCAAAUCCCUGAAGAUCCUUCUUGCAUUCCAGUUGAAUAUAGACAUGCAGGGUGCACUCCAGAAAGUCUACCAGUCCUACUUGAUUGUCCUUGCAUGUGUAGCAUUACAGGUUACCAUUUGCAUCUGCUGGCUUGUCCUCAAACGCCCUUAUAAAGAGAUUAUUUCGCUGCCCCAAACUCUGCUGGAAGACUGUCAUGAAGGAUCAUAUUUGGCAUUUGGUGUGAUGUUGGCCUACAUAGCACUUUUGGCUUUUGUUUGCUUCAUCUGUGCCUUCGUGGGGCGUAAAUUACCACAGCGGUACAACGAGGCUAAAUUCAUUACCUUCAGCAUGUUGCUUUACCUUAUCUCCUGGCUAAUCUUUGUGCCCAUCUACAUCACAACAUCUGGAAUGUAUCUUCCAGCUGUGGAAAUGGUGGUCAUUCUCAUCUCCAACUACGGCAUCUUAGGCUGUCAUUUCCUCCCUAAGUGCUAUAUAAUACUUUUUAGAAAAGCCCAAAACACCACCAGCGCUUUCAGGAAAAAACUGUAUGAGUAUAAUGUAAAAAGUACAGAUUCGUUUUCUGUGUCUGGAAGUUCAGUGUCAGAGAAACAGCUUGACAUUCAGCAGAGUGUCAGACAUUCUUCGUCCUCCUCACCCAUAGAGGACGAUGUGAAACCUGCUGUGGAGAAAAACUACAGUAACAGAGACAGUUUUGAAGUUUCAUACAGAGGCAAAAAUAAAUUCAUCAAUCGAUACAAUUCCCACAGAAGAAGCCUCAGCUUCUAGGCUGUACCUGACGAAAGACUAUCCAUCCAUUAGCUAUCUCGUGAGGGUGUUAGACGAUAACAUGAAAGAGCAAAAAUUUGAAAAUGGGUCUGAAAGUUUUUGAAAAUGAUUGUUCAUGCUACGGUAAAAUGUUCAAAAUGGUUGUCAGUAAAAACGAAGCCAUGCAUGCAUGCGUGAUAGUCCCAGUGCACCCAUAAAGACAAUUGGGCUGUUUUUGUCCUGAUUUUCCCUCUGCCUUACCAAAGACAUCAAACGACGGACUAUUGUAUGCCUUAUAAGAUUACGCUAUAAGAUUAUCUUGAGGUCUGAAGUGUGUUAAGAGUGGAUUUGUCCCGAUAAUAGGGUCCCAAACGGAUCGGGGCCGACGAGCUCCAAUAUUCAACGCGUUUGAUAUUUCCGAACAAAAAUCUUUGUGUUGGGGAAUGCCGUCAUCUUCCGAGUCAUGACGCGAUGACAUGUUAGUUUAAUCGAAAACGAAUUGUCCGUAUGCGCAAAUGUGAGUGUGAACAGUUGUCUACAUGUGCCCUGUGAUCGACUGGUGAUAUAGAAAAUGGAUGGAUGAAUAGCCGAUGCCCAGUGAGUUUGAAAACACAAGAAGAUGGGUCAUGAAGGAUCAGUCCCGUGUUUCUCACAAUGAAUUUGGAUUAAGAAACUGCAGUCCUGAAUGCCUUCAGCAAGGUUGUUGACAGUGAUUGGCAUUUAGGAAUGUGGACAAGCUAACUAAGUACUGUACUUUUCAUCGGGACACAAAUGUCACUGGAUCCUGUUCGCACGAAAUGCAUAGUUGUCGCAUUAACGCACUGGCACAACUUCAAAAAAAAAAAAAAAAAGCCAGGUAAUGGAAGGUGACCUUUUUGAUACCCAAAUAUUUUAGCUUUGUACAACAACAAUGGAAACCAGUGGAAAAGUUAUUGGCCUUCUAACAAUAUUGUUUCUAGUGAUGUCCCAAAAGGCAGCUCAGCUCAUCUGUAUUGAACUUAGUGUAACCAGUUUGCUUCCACUGCUCUAUUUUAACCUCAGGCUUUUUAAUUAAUUAAAAGUCUUAGGUAAUGGAACAGUGUACAUUUACAGUGUCACUCCCUUUGCAUGCAAGCCAAAGAGGCUAUGUAUUCAUUGUGUACCACACCAAUACCACCAGCGACUUGACUAUUUCUAGGGAGCAUUAUGUCGAGGUGGGGCAUGGGUCGAUAUGGAACACACGACAUUUUGUUUUGGAACUCGAUGAAGGUGCAGAUCCAUUUAUUUUUUGUGUUAGUUCUGUUUUUUCCUCAAUUGCAAGGGCAUUAUUUAUUAUUACAGUCCCUUAAUUUCUUUCCGAAUGAUGAAUUGCACAGUUAAGGCCCAUGCAGGCGGUGGGUGUCUAUGAAUGUGUGCAAUUCUGAUGCUGAUCCAAAAUGGGGUCGUUAGUCUAUGCUGAGUAACAUUUGAUAGGUAAUUAAUGAUACAUGGGCUCAUUCAAUGGCACAAGACUGUUACAGGGUCAAAUUAUGAUUAGCAUUAUAAAUAGUAUUGGUUGAAACAAUUCUCCUUACAUAUCCAUGUGUGACAAGUACAAGAACAGUAUUGGGCAAAAUACUUGUGACAGAUUUUUGUCAAGCAAAGCAAACCAAAAACCUCUGUUUAGCCAUGAACAGAAUUAAAUCUAGGUCCACACCUAUCAUACAACUUGUUUAAAUAAGUAAACUGCACGCUUGAAAUCCUUGUCUGGGGUGAAAUAUAAAUUAUGAAGUAUUAAAUUAUCCAAUAUUUGCGCUCAUUUUUAUAUUUCAGAGCAUCAUCUUAGGUCACGUCUAUAAAAUAAAUAGGAAAGAGAAGUAGUGUCUAAAUGUCAAGCAUGCCAUGUUUGAACGUGAGUUUACUUUGCAGUGCGUGCAAGUGAUUUAAUCUUUUAACGCUUUUUGUCCAUCCUGUUGUCUUGAUGGCAUGCAGAUAUAAAGGAAAAGUGUUUUCUUUACAAGGGCAGUGGAAAAUUUCCACACAUAUGAAAUCAGAUUUAAAAACAGAUUUAAAAACAAUGCAUUAAUUCAUCGGAUGCCUGGUGUCACAGAGUGAACGGAAACAGCCUCAGGUGUGUUUCAUGCACACACACACAAACAAAAAAAGCCCCAACCACAAAGUUGUCAAUCUGGUUGUGUGACAAAGACUCAGCACACAAAUGAGGGGUGAAGAGAAACCUUUUUUUUUUUUUUUUUUUUAUAAAUGCCUCCAAAAAUUCCAUCUUUCAGUCCUUGCCCUUUUAGUGGAUCUGUUACCUCAAGGUCGCCAUUUUAGUUAUGCAGCCAGCUAAUUGCCCUCCAAGCUCGACAGAAAUGUGACGUUUUCUCCUACCUUUACGUUUUGAAAAUUCCAAGUGAAAUGAGAGGAUCCGAAUCGAGAAUGGGUUGUCGCGUCAUCGCUUUGUUGAUAUAAUCACAUUGAACAAAGGGCAACCUAGCGGGGUUUUCCCAUGCUUCUUUUUACUUGUGUUCUGUUGGAGUCAAAAAAAAAGUAUUGGAUUUUUGAUGUGUAAUUUUGAUGUGCUUAAGAUGACAUUUGGGUAAUGUAUUUAGCAGUGAAGGGUGCAUUGUUAAAGAUAUGCCUUGUCUUUGAUGGUAUAGUCAGCUUGAGCAGCAGAACCUGCUGCAAACAAAAGUAAGCUACUACUUUGAAGCUUAAUGCGAAUUGUGCAAUAUAGCUUGUGCUACUGUUGCAUACUGUAUAUGCUCAUACGUGUAAUAUGCAGUGUCAUUUUUGUACAGCUUUUUUUUGUAUGUUAUACAGUGAACCCCCGCAUAUUUGUGAUUCGGCAUUCGCAAACUCACCUUUUUGUAGAUUUUGGGGAGAACCUAUCCUCCGUUAUUCAUUAAAAAAAACAAAAACUGUUCACUCCUUUUAUGCUCGGGCCAAAACAAUACAAGUAUUACUCUUGCAUCUUGUUGUUGUCAAGUUUAAUUUAUCGAUGGCAUUUUUUGUUUGCAUUUGAGAUGUCCAGUUUUGUGAGCGGUGAAAUUUGAUUUUGCUUCCCUCACGACGCAGCUACUAAAAGUCCAUGGCGUCCAGUUUCCAGUUUGCCUCUAUUAUCUUAACAUUUAUUUUUGAAUGUAAAUAACAUAAGGUGAGUGUAAUUGCUUGCACCGUAUUUGUGCUAGUAUGCCUAUUUGUUUGCCCACGCCAGUUUGUGCUGGCUUGUAUGCUAGCUAAUACUACCGAUGAGCCUUAUUUGUAUGCGAUUUGAUUGUGUUGAAUAAUUUAAUUACUGAAUACAGUUGUUUAUUACAGUGGCUGGGAAGUGCAAAACAAUAUAAUAAAUUGUGAGACACAUUUCAGACGACAAAUUAACAAAGGUUGAAACAAAUUUACAUUUCAGCAAACAAAUUUACAACAGUUGAAAACAGUUACAUUUCAGGGGGGAAAAAACAAAACCAAUAAAUAAAUCAACAAAACACGAAAAAGUGUUUCAGCUUCUCCGAAAUGUUAAUUUGUUUCGACUUUUGUUCAUUUGUUUUCUGAAAUGCUGAAGUGUUUCACAAUUUGUUUAAAUUGUUUUGCGCUUCCCGGCCACCGUAGCUUAUGUAACAUGGAUUCAUGAUUGUGUACAUGCUACAUGCAUGGUGUUGGAACUUUGAUGAUUAUUCUUUUUCUGUGUUAUUACAGACCACAGUAAAUUAAUUCCUAACAGCAUGCCAGUCUUUUUGGACUGGAGCACUUGCCACUGUAAAAAAAAAUGGAACUCCUGGAGACAUCAUACAGUCCCUUUAAAAAAUAAAUACAAAUAACAAUACUCUGUUUUAAGUGCUUUACUACCAUCUUAUGCCAUCAAUAGGCAAUUACAAACCCCUUGUCAAUGACUCGCAGAUUUUUACUUUUCGCAGCAGGGCGCGGUAACCCUCCCCCACUUAUCGUGGCGGAUAGAAUUUCAUAUAUUCAUAUUUUGAAGAAUAUCAGCAGUGCUGCUAGUAUUUAUUUUACAAUAUAGUAACUAAUUUACUUUACAUGACGAGUGUUCCUUCUAGAAAGUUUGUGCAAGAAAAAUGUGUGUGCAUGACUUAUAAACAGUUCUAACUGGUAAUGAAUAUUGCAGAUAAAAUGCAAAGAAUACAGUAAUGGCAAAGCAUGAAGAGCAUUACAACUAUUCUGUGGAGGUGUUAUGUCUGUGAUUUGGGAAUGUCAAUAAACUAUGUCAAUUAUCAUGGUCCAAA